GUUAUAUCAAUGAGAUAGAGAACUGUCAUAGAGAAAUACUGUAUUUAUCAGAAUUUAACAAAGACAUAAUUAGUACAUUGUUAUUGAUUCAUAAUUGUUGAUAAUAUCAUAUGAAAAUAUGGUCCUGAAAUUAAGAUAUUUUUAAAUUAUAAAUCGAUAAGUAAAUUACCAACCAAGUUGUAUGUAGAAAGUUAAUAAAAAUUUAAACUACAAUUAUGGCAGCGAUACGACAUACACUGCAAAGAGAAGUGUUUACACCUAGCGAUGAGAAAUUACUAAGCGUGUGUUAUGUGAGUAAGGCAUAUAAAAAGAAGAAAAUGAGUUUUCUAUGUUUGAGCACAACUACAGAUACACCUCCAUCGUUGCUCUUAUAUCAAGUAAAGAAAAAUGAUAAAAAUGUAUUUAAAAAGAAACAGUCAUGGUCGUUGAGUGAUAUUCAAAUCGUGGAUGGAGUUAAAAAUGAUUCCAUGGAUAUAGAAUUACAUAUAGAUAAAAUCUACAAGUGGUCAGUGACAACAGUUCAAGAACGAAGAACAUUCAUAAGCAAUUUGUAUACUUAUUCUUGUAGUUUAGCCCAAAGACCACAAUUUAAAAAUAUUCCUAAGGAAUGGCUUAUAGAUCCAAGUUCAUUGAAGGAAAGCGACAGUAUUACUUUUACACCAGAACUUCUUACAUCGCCAAUCUCAUCAGAUUACCAACCUAUUACUGAAAAAGAGACUGCUGAUUUAAAACAGAUGAUGGAAAACUGUGAAUAUGCUGUUUCUAAUGCUGAACUAUUUAUGGAAACACUUUCCAAAGAUCUCUCCAUUCUUGAUGGGGAAAAUGUACAAUCAGUUUUGGCAUCGGAAGCUCGAGUAACUCAACUGAUGAAUAGUAUAGAAGCAGCAAUAACCGAAGCUUCUAUUGUCGAGGCUCGUCUUGCAGCAUAUGAUGAAGCGCUUGGGAGAAUUAGAGAAGUUAUGGCCCGCGUAGGUCAAAAGAAUCAAGCUAUCCAUACAGCCAAUAAUAAUGCAAAAUUUUUGUUAGAUCAGUUAAACACAGUAAUUUCACAGUUAGAUGUUUCGCUAGUUCAUCAACGUAUUUUGAGCGAAGCCGAGCUUCCAGGAGAGAAGGAAGGACUUAGCCAAGCAGGUGCUGCUCUUUUAAAAGCAACAACAGCUCCUUUGCCACCAGGGCUCGAUAAGUUGAGCGCAGUGACUGAACAAAAAAGACGACUGGAUAAGCUCAGAGCAAAAUUUUCUGUAAUUGUGGCUAGGCAUUUAAAUAACCUUUUUAUACACUUGGGUAAUGAUGUUGGAGACAUGUCAAUGUCUAUGGCAGAUUUAAUUCUCCCAACGCAUCAAGCAGUUCAUCAUGAACUUGAACCAUACACAGAGUUAAUGCAAUUACUAAGAGCACUAGAUAAUAAGGCUUUUAUACAAUUAACCAAAGUUUAUACAGAUACAAUGAGCAAAUUAUAUAAAAGGGAUUUAAAACGAUUUUUUGAGGAAGCAAAAAAUAAACUUAUUUGCAAACGUCUCCAAGCUAAUACAUCAAGAUCUAGCGGACAGAAAGCAGAAGAAUUACUAAAUCCAGCACCUAUUUGUCUAUUGAGUGGCGAUAUAUGGGCACCUGUAGGGGAUGGAAAUCUUUUGGAUUCAGUUCUCGACUGUAUGCUUUCACAAAUGCAACCAGUUUGUCUUGCAGAGCAAGCCUUUUGUAUUUCAUUUCUACAAUUGGAUUCUGUCCUUUCUCCGUCGAAAAGUAGUGAAAUAGAAGAAACAGAUAAUGUCAGUAAUGGAGCUGCAAGUCCUGGAUCAGUAACCUCUACAGCAAGUAAAAAGUUAGAAAGACAAGUAAAUGAAGAGGUGCGUGCGACGAUGGCAGCUAUAUUUCCAUCAUUGGAAACUGAAUUGAAUAAUUUUAUUGCUUUUCUAGACAAAAUUGAUAGUUUUUGGUGUAUGUAUGUCUUAGUGCGUUUAUCGCAACAUGUUAUGUCAGCCCAAGACACUGGUUCCUUUUUGUCCAUGACAUUUGCUUCUGCUUUAAUUCAAGUUAAGAGAGCAUUCGAUAAAUUCAUGCAAACACAGUUGCAGUCAAUUUUAUGCGAUACAAAAGUGAAUCGUAGAAAUAAAUGUGGUAUAUUGCCAUAUGUUGAAAAUUUUGAACCAUUUGCAAGAAUAGCAGAAAAAAUUUUCAGAAACUCGGAUAGAAAAGUUGAUCUUGAGAAGUGGUAUACUAAAGUAGUGAGUACAAUGUUUGAAGCUAUCGUCAUCCACAGUAGAGAACACCAUAAAACCCCGCAAGAAGUUGUGAAAAUGGAAAAUUUUCAUCAUUUAUACGAUCUUUUAUCACAAUUAAAAAUAUCUGUGCUUGAUCAUGAACGUAAGGAAGCUAAACAAAAAUAUCAAGAUGCUCUACGUGCGUACGUUACACAAUACUUUGGAAGACCUCUAGAAAAACUUAAUCUAUUCUUUGAAGGCGUACAAGCCAAAGUCGGCGCUGGAGUUAAAGAAUCCGAAGUCAGUUAUCAAAUGGCUUUUAGUAAACAAGAACUUAGACGCGUUGUAAAAGAAUACCCAGCCCGAGAAGUUAAAAAGGGUUUAGAAAAUCUGUAUAGAAAAGUUGAGAAACAUUUAUGCGAAGAAGAAAAUUUAUUACAAGUUGUUUGGCGUGAAAUGCAAGGUGAAUUCAUUGCGCAGUAUAUAUAUAUAGAGGAACUGAUUCAAAGAUGUUAUCCAGAUAGUAUGGUAACACUUGAGUUUACUAUACAAGACAUUUUAGAAUUUUUCUCAGAAAUAGCCAGGUCCCAUUAAGAAGUCUACUACCCAAUUGUAAAAUAAAUAAAACACCGUAAUAAAUUUUAGUAUUUAGAUGAAAUAAUAGAACA